ACGGAACAAGAGAAGGGAGUGACCACUGGCUAGCCUGAGCUCUGUUCCCACGUGUCAGCUAGCUCAGUUGGGGCGGGGGCGCUACGGCCGGCCAUGGCCGCCGCGGCAAAUACAGCCCACGGUCACCGGCCAUGGCCGCUGGCUGCGGCGAGCGCGAAUCGCAGCACCAUCCGUCCAGUCGCCACCACGGCGGCCAGAGCACUAGUGAGCGGUAGAGCUAAAGUUGAUACUGCACCGAAUAAAGCAUGGACGGGGAGGCCACCGCCACCCCGGCGCGCGGUCAGCACCAAGGCCGGCGCCGCCGAGGUGCGGCCGUCGUCCUCGCCAGACGCCGUUACCUACACCGCGAGCAUCUCCACGGACAUGCCCCUCUACGAACCCCCCGGGGUGAGCUAGCUGCCACUUACAAUCUUGCAUCUCUGCGCUGCAAUGGAUAGAUGGCGGAUUGAUGCGAGGAGUUGGUCCGAAUCGUGUGCGUGCGUGCCGGUCUCCUUCGACGAGUACCUCCUGGACCGCGCGCGCGUGUUCCGCGCCAUGUUCCCUGACGAGAGCAGGAGCCACAGCAACUCGGGGGAGUGGAGGAUCCAGAUAAUGCCGCUGCAGUUUCUCCUCCUCACCGUGCGCCCCGUCGUCGUCAUGCAGCUGCGUGACCAGCUUACCAGUUCGUUCGUCCACCAGCAGGUGCGAGUGAUGACCGAAACGCACCUGUGCGGCUGUGCGGUGUGUGUUUGCCUGUGGCUGCAGACGGAGUGGGAGCUGAGGGGGCUGGGCAGCGGCUACGCGCCCGCGAGCUUCGACCUCGGCGUGCGGGGUUCGCUGUUCGCGGACCGGAGCCGCGGCCCCCGCGCGGGGUGCCGGAUGAGGGGCCACCUCGAGAUCGCCAUCACCUGCGUCCUGCCGCCGCCCCUGCGCCUCGAGCCUGAGGGCGUCCUGCGAGGCGUCGCCGAGUCGGUGAGACCAGCUAGCUUAGCCGCGCGCGUGCGCAAGCUCCCUCGCCGCGAGCGUCCUAGGCUGGCGGAGAAGAUGAAGCGGGACGUGGACGUCGGCCUCGUCGCCGACUUCCAGAGGUAUCGCCGGGAGAAGGCAGCGUCCAGGGCCACGGCAACGGUGAACGCGAUGACAUCAGACAGAGACGAAGCCUGA